GAAGAAGAAGAAGAAGAAGAAGAAGAAGAAGAAGAAGAAGAAGAAGAAGAAGAAGAAGAAGAAGAAGAAGAAGAAGAAGAAGAAGAAGAAGAAGAAGAAGAAGAAGAAGAAGAAGAAGAAGAAGAAGAAGAAGAAGAAGAAGAAGAAGAAGAAGAAGAAGAAGAAGAAGAAGAAGAAGAAGAAGAAGAAGAAGAAGAAGAAGAAGAAGAAGAAGAAGAAGAAGAAGAAGAAGAAGAAGAAGAAGAAGAAGAAGAAGAAGAAGAAGAAGAAGAAGAAGAAGAAGAAGAAGAAGAAGAAGAAGAAGAAGAAGAAGAAGAAGAAGAAGAAGAAGAAGAAGAAGAAGAAGAAGAAGAAGAAGAAGAAGAAGAAGAAGAAGAAGAAGAAGAAGAAGAAGAAGAAGAAGAAGAAGAAGAAGAAGAAGAAGAAGAAGAAGAAGGAGAAGAAGAAGAAGAAGAAGAAGAAGAAGAAGAAGAAGAAGAAGAAGAAGAAGAAGAAGAAGAAGAAGAAGAAGAAGAAGAAGAAGAAGAAGAAGAAGAAGAAGAAGAAGAAGAAGAAGAAGAAGAAGAAGAAGAAGAAGAAGAAGAAGAAGAAGAAGCAGAAGCAGAAGAAGAAGAAGAAGAAGAAGAAGAAGAAGAAGAAAGAGUCAAAGACAGACCGACAGACCGAGAGGAAGGCCGAGGAGUGACCGCCUGCAGCUGGCCUCGAGGGGGGCUGAAGCACACUCCUGGCGGCUCUCGCAGGGACACGGUGGCCGGCGAGGCUCAAUGUGGCCCAGAAAUCUAA